AUGGCAAAUGAGAGAGCAGAGGAAUACGGCCAAGGGAAGAUGACCGGGUUCGUCACCAUAACUUGCCUUGUUGCAGCCAUUGGUGGAUGCAUGUUUGGAUAUGACGUCGGAGUCGCAGGUGGUGUCACAUCAACGGAUGACUUCCUCAGAGAGUUCUUCUCCAACGUGUAUGCCAAGAGGAGAAACGCUCAUGAAAAUAACUAUUGCAAGUUCAACGAUCAAGGACUUGCUGCAUUCAACUCAUCACUCUACAUUGCUGGUUUGGUUGCCACUCUUGUGGCCUCACCAAUCACUAGAAAAUAUGGACGACGUGUUAGCAUCAUAUGCGCUGGGAUCUUCUUCCUAGUUGGAGCUGCUAUAAAUGCUGGUUCGAUUAACCUCCCCAUGCUUCUUCUCGGACGGAUCAUGCUCGGCUUUGGCGUUGGAUUUGAAUCUCAGGCAGUUCCUGUUUACUUGUCAGAGGUGUCACCAGCUCAUAUGAGAGGUGCUCUCAGCGUUUUGUUUCAGUUGGCAACAACUCUUGGCAUCUUUUCAGCCAACAUGAUCAGUUACGUGACGCAGAAGCUUAGUCCUUGGGGCUGGAGGCUUGCUCUUGGUACAGCUGCUUUUCCAGGUCUGCUCAUGUCUCUUGGAGGCUAUUUCCUUCCCGAGACUCCCAACAGCCUGAUCCAAAGAGGGUUGACUGAAAGAGGCCGUCAUGUCCUUGAGAAGCUAAGAGGAACAAGAAACGUCAACGCCGAGUUUCAAGAUAUGAUAGAGGCCAGCCUCUUGGCAAACUCUAUCAAGCAUCCUUUUAGAGACAUUUUGCAGAAACGCCACAGACCUCAGCUUGUCAUGGCUGUUCUCAUGCCUAUGUUUCAGAUUCUCACCGGUGUAAACUGCAUUCUAUUCUAUGCACCUGUUCUGUUCAUUACAAUGGGGUUUGGUGAAAACUCUCUGCUCUACUCAGGAGUCCUCUUAGGGUUUGUCCUUGUUCUUUCAACUUUUGUUUCUAUCGGUUUAGUGGACAAGUUAGGAAGAAGACCACUUCUCUUAAGCGGCGGAAUACAAAUGAUCACCUGUCAGAUCAUAGUCUCAGUGAUCUUAGGACUGAAACUUGGAGACAACCAAGAGCUAUCAAAGGGAUACUCCAUCAUGUUGGUCAUCUUCUUUUCACUCUUUGUUCUCGGAUAUGGAUGGUCAUGGGGUCCUCUUGGCUACACCGUGCCGAGUGAGAUAUUUCCCUUGGCCAUCCGUUCUGCAGGGCAGAGUAUUACCGUUGCUGUCAAUCUUCUCUUCACCUUCAUCGUGGCUCAGGCUUUUCUUUAUCUCCUAUGUGCACUCAAGUUUGGUAUUUUUCUUUUAUUUGCUUGUUGCGUUUCUGUGAUGACCAUCUUUGUCUACUUUUUGUUGCCUGAGACCAAAGGACUGCCAAUUGAAGAUAUGUCACUCAUAUGGACCAAACAUUGGUUCUGGAAGAAAAUGUUGCCUGAAAACUAG